AAGUACCCGGCUUCCCGGAAGUGCUGGGCUGGCUGACAGAGCCGGGCUAGUCAGAGCGCUGCAGUUGCAGGGUUGCUAUUCGGAGUCUGGAGGUCGAGUGGGGGACUCGGGGAGGGAGUGACCUCGAGGCCAAGUGGCGGGAAGAUGGAGGAGGAGGAACUGGAGUUCGUGGAGGAGCUGGAAGCCGUGCUGCAGCUCACGCCCGAGGUGCAGCUCGCCAUCGAGCAGGUAUUUCCAAGCCAGGAUCCUCUAGAUCGAGCAGAUUUCAAUGCUGUUGAAUAUAUCAAUACUCUGUUCCCAACAGAACAAUCUCUGGCAAAUAUAGAUGAAGUCGUGAACAAAAUUAGACUGAAAAUAAGGAGACUGGAUGACAAUAUUCGAACUGUUGUAAGAGGUCAGACAAAUGUGGGACAGGAUGGAAGGCAAGCACUUGAAGAGGCCCAGAAAGCUAUUCAGCAACUGUUUGGCAAAAUCAAAGAUAUCAAAGACAAAGCAGAAAAAUCAGAGCAAAUGGUUAAGGAAAUCACCCGCGACAUUAAGCAGCUAGAUCAUGCCAAACGCCACCUGACCACCUCCAUCACAACACUGAACCACCUGCACAUGCUGGCAGGCGGCGUUGAUUCCCUCGAAGCCAUGACCAGACGCAGACAGUAUGGAGAAGUUGCUAAUCUCCUUCAGGGUGUAAUGAAUGUUCUGGAGCAUUUCCACAAGUAUAUGGGAAUUCCACAGAUCCGGCAGCUUUCUGAAAGAGUGAAGGCUGCACAGACUGAGUUAGGACAGCAAAUCCUGGUAGAUUUUGAAGAAGCAUUUCCUUCCCAGGGUACCAAGAGGCCGGGAGGACCCAGCAAUGUCCUGCGAGAUGCAUGUCUGGUUGCUAAUAUUUUGGACCCAAGAAUCAAACAGGAAAUCAUCAAAAAGUUUAUUAAACAGCAUCUGUCAGAGUAUCUAGUACUUUUUCAAGAAAACCAAGAUGUUGCCUGGCUGGACAAGAUUGACAGACGCUAUGCCUGGGUAAAACGCCAGCUUGUGGACUAUGAAGAAAAAUAUGGCCGAAUGUUUCCACGUGAAUGGUACAUGACUGAGAGGAUUGCAGUUGAAUUUUGCCAUGUGACAAGGGCAGAACUCGCCAAGAUCAUGCGUGCCAGGGCCAAGGAAAUUGAGGUGAAAUUGCUUCUUUUCGCUAUUCAGAGAACAACUAACUUUGAGGGAUUUCUGGCCAAACGUUUCUCCGGCUGCACCCUGAGUGAUGGAACUCUGAAAAAGCUGGAGUCUCCACCACCAUCUACCAAUCCCUUCCUGGAAGACGAGCCAACACCAGAGAUGGAGGAGCUGGCAAUGGAGAAGGGAGAGUUAGACCAACCAAAGAAGCCUAAAGCCCCAGACAAUCCAUUUCACGGUAUUGUUUCCAAGUGUUUUGAGCCUCAUCUCUAUGUAUAUAUUGAGUCCCAGGACAAAACCACCACCAGCAGUGGAGGAUUAACCAUCAGCAGCCUCCUCAAGGAAAAGGAGGGCUCCGAAGUGGCCAAGUUCACUCUUGAGGAGCUUUGCCUCAUCUGCAGCAUCCUGAGCACAGCAGAGUACUGUCUGGCCACCACCCAGCAGCUAGAAGAAAAACUCAAAGAAAAAGUCGAUGUAAGUCUGACAGAACGGAUCAAUCUCAUGGGAGAAAUGGACACAUUCAGCACCGUCAUCUCCAGCAGCAUUCAGUUGUUGGUUCAAGACCUGGAUGCAGCCUGCGAUCCAGCCCUGACUGCCAUGAGCAAGAUGCAGUGGCAGAAUGUGGAGCACGUUGGUGACCAGAGCCCCUAUGUCACCUCUGUCAUUCUUCACAUUAAGCAGAAUGUCCCCAUCAUCCGCGACAACCUGGCUUCCACACGGAAAUACUUUACUCAGUUCUGUAUUAAAUUUGCAAACUCUUUCAUUCCAAAAUUCAUCACCCACCUCUUCAAGUGCAAGCCAAUCAGUAUGGUGGGAGCAGAACAGCUGCUGCUGGAUACCCACUCCCUGAAGAUGGUCCUGCUUGACCUUCCUUCCAUUGGCUCCCAGGUGGUGAGGAAGGCCCCUGCCAGCUACACUAAGAUCGUUGUGAAAGGCAUGACCCGGGCUGAGAUGAUCCUCAAGGUGGUGAUGGCCCCUCAUGAGCCCUUGGUGGUGUUUGUGGACAACUACAUCAAGCUCCUUACAGACUGCAAUGCAGAGACCUUCCAGAAGAUACUGGACAUGAAGGGACUGAAGAGGAGUGAGCAGAGCAGCAUGCUGGAGCUCCUGCGCCAGAGGGUCCCCACGCCCCCCUCAGGGGCCGAAGGCUCCAGCUCCCUGUGCCUGAUGGCGCCCACCCCAGAACAGGAGUCAUCUCGCAUCCGCAAACUUGAGAAACUAAUUAAGAAGAGACUGUAGGAGCAAGAGGAGCACCCGCGCCCUGCACCCCUCACCACCCAGUUGCUGGAAGUGCUCGACUGCCCCCCUUUAACCCCUGACUCAGAUCCUCAGUCUUGAGACUUCCUGGGACAUUGAAGUUGUUAAUAUGGAGUUGUUAAUAUAUCCCUCCCAUACCCUGUCUUAAUCCUGUGCCAGUCGGAGAAGCUGGUUAUAAAAAGGCAAUUUCCAUUCUCUUCA